AUGGAUGGUUUGCAGACUUUGACUGGAUUGCUGACAUUGAACUUGCGGGGAAAUCAAAUAUCGAGCAUCCCGCCUUGGAUCAAACAUUGUUUAGUUUCUCUGAAAACUCUUAACCUUGCGGAAAAUCGAAUAAAUUCGCUUCAUCAGCUGUUACGUCUUCGUGGACUGGACAGCUUGACAUCAUUCUCGUUUCAUGGCAAUCCAGCCGUUGAAGACUUGGUAAUGACUGCGAGCAGUGACAACAACGACAGUGAAUCCGAAUUGUCCCGCCCGCUGGACGCACAAUUCCAGCAGGACAUUGAAAUGGAUCAUAUGCUCCGCAAGCUACAUCAACGCGAAACUGAGUUGGGCAAAUUGGAGCGUGCCAAUCUCGAACUGGUCCGUGGUUUGGACACACAGUAUCGUAUGGUCAGAGCGGCUCAAGAAGACCAAGAAACGCACCUUUCAAAAAUUAAUCGAUUGGAGCAAGAACUGCGGGCGAAGAAUGCGAUGCUGGCCUCUCAAACGGACGAAUUAGCCCGUGCAUGUCUGAAACAUUACGAACUGGAACAGGAGUUGGCCUUCCACAAAAUCGACAACAAGCUCGCGCAAUUCCUGCUCGGUCCACGGCCUCGGGUGAAUCAGUCCGAUCUACAAAAGAUUGAAGCCACUGGGGAUCACCCGUACGUGGGACGCUGUCGUACACGGUGGGCGCCUGAGGGACAAACAUCGGUGAUUGCAGGGAAAUCGCCGGAAGAGGAACAACGUACAGGUGGUCCACUGCAAUCGUUAUUCAAGCCGGCCUCUUUGGACGGUCAGCUGACGAGAGCGGGGUCCGGUUGUGCCCAACGGGUUGUAAUUCAUCCCAACAAUCUGUUGCCUUCACCAAAGUUCUUCUCCUCGUUGGAUGUGGAACAACGGACUGUAAAUCAGUUCCAACAUGCUGGACGCCCGAACUCACUACCUCUUCGUCCGACGACCACUGACAGCGGAAUCGCUGGUUCCAUUGCUUCCCCCGCUCCAGUUGAGCGGCCAAAAAUGUCGUCGCCGAUUGGAAAUUUAUCCUCCUCGCUUGAAGAAGUCGAACGGCUGACCAAAUCGAUCGUGGAACGUACCACCCUCGCGCCACUGAGUCCGCAGACUGAGCGCAGGAGACAGCUAACUGAAAAAGCUUUGUUUGAACUAAAGAAUCAGUUGAUCAAUUCUAUCCCUGAUCCAUCAACCAAUACAACAGAAACAACGUCCACUGCCACGUCUCCGGACUUCAAGCUAUUGUCGCGCAUUGCCCGAUUGGAAUCAGAGCUAUCCGUAGCCCGGGGUCAGCGCCCUGUCGGACCGCCACAAGACGGAAACGUUUGUGCGACUAAAUCGCACCUGUCCAACACCAAACUGGGCCAAACACAUGCGGUCACAUCUCCGCCUUCUGGCUUCAAAGCUGUUCCUGCUCCAGACUCGCUUCUUCUCUCCACUGGACCUUCUAUCCUGAAGACACAUCUGCGCGAUUCGAUCGAGGAACCUAGUCCUUCUGUCCCAUUCACAACACCACUGGGUGACGGAUCCGACCCGAUCGGAUCCUGCGGUACGCGCCCAGCAGAUGUGCUGCCGGUUGCGCACCCAGUAGUGGACAGGAAUGUGAAUGCCUCUCGGGAACUGAUCUCCCAGUCGACUUUCGUCUCACAGAACUCCCCAUCGAUGCACUACUCAGCCAGCUCAUCUACGCCCAGCUCACGAACAACGGGAACCGGGCGGAGCAUCGAGACAGCUCAGUACAAGUCUGACGUGUGCGUUGCUGGGGCACUGACCCAAAGAGUGCAAUCGGCUGCUGGUCAAGGCGAUGCCUGGAUUGGAUCCCGCCAACCGGCUUCAACUGCUUCGUGUAUGAAACAGCGGGGCUCAGAGUCAAGACAACCAGGUGUGGGCAACACAAUGCCCCUUAACUCCGCCAGUCAUACCUCCUUGGCUUCAACUGAAAACAAUGAAAUCGAAGACGAUCACCUGGAACCGAGAAGCGCUAUGCACCGCGGCCAACUUGAUCCGCAUGCUGAAGAUUCAACGCGUUAUCCUGACUAUGAUGACGGUUAUACCGAUGGAAUGGAUGUGAUGGCAAGAAUGCAUCGGUCCAACUCUCACUCACGGUCGAAGCGCCGUCCACCGGAGGUGACUUCGGGGGACGAAGGAAAGUUGACGGUCAACCAAACCAGGGUCUCGCUAACCCGUACCUCUGCCAGCGGAACCAGCGGGUACGGAGAUGCAGUCGGUAAUAAACAACGAAGAAAAUUACUUCGAUCGCUGAGUACAACGAAAGCGCCAAGACAACGACCACCGCAGUGUUGGCGUAAUCGCACAGUUGACAGCACAGUUGGGUGCACCAUGGGUGUUCAGGCAGACCAAUUCCUCGAUAUGGUGGACGAUCCGGUUAGGUCCCGAUCCUACAACCGAACUGGGGCUCCCAAUGACGUGGUUUCCAGCCGUGGCACAGUGAGGAGUAUCGGGGAUACACUGACCAAUGUGACCAGGCCAUCACCGAAUGGCGACGAUGAGGACAAUUCUUUUGACGCCCCACCUUCACCAAAACAUUCUAGACCGCAUCGGUUACGUCCACACGGUCAAACUCAACGAAAACAGAGGAGUCAUUCACGGCACUUAUCCUCAACGCGUGAGUCCCGAAACAAUCCAGCUCCUGGUGGACAUCCGUACGAGCCGGUUCGUCGCUCCCUACCCUGUCAUAUUACCGACUGGAAUGCAAUACAUCCUCGACGUCCCCCAGCGCGCGGUCGUUCAUUGGAAGGACACCGACAUACAGAUUCUCCGGAACCGAGGACGCUAUCUCGUCACCGAAGUCCCCAGUCCAGAAGGAUGAAUAACAUGUACGAACAUGACCCGCCGAGUAUGGAGACCGCGGCGCUGCAGAAUCUAACAAACGAGUUGUCAGAGUUACGACACGGAUUGAAACGUAGUCGAGAAGCCAACUCCGGAAAG